AUGCAGGAAAAACCUCAAUUAAUAUUAUCCACCGAGGAAAAUAUGGAUGACUAUAAGGAACCUAAUUUGGAGGAGAGUGUAGAAUUUGUGGAAAUUAAAUAUGAUUUUUGUGAUUCUCAACCUCAGAGACAUAGUCUGCCUGAAAGUUUGAGUUAAAACAUUUUGACUCAAAUUCAAGACUUUCAUGAGUUCUUACCUCAUCAAGAAAUGUAAACCAAGGAAUCAGAAAAUACGAAAAAAGAAAAUAGAAAAUUCACAAUUAGGGUUUAUUAUUUCGUAAAAAGAUUCCUCACCAAAUUAUCAGUAAGUAGAAGACAUAAAUUAUUCUUUAAAAGUAUUCAUUUUUAAAUUGUUGGUGAUAAAGCAAGUGGGGAAGUAGAGAAAUUGGGGUAGAUAAAAAAGAAGGAUCGAAGAAGAAAGAGUCAUUAAAAUUCAAUAUCAUGCUAUAAUCCUUUGACUGGUCUAUUGAAAAUGUUACCAAUAAUUUAUCCUCAAUCAGUGUCCAAAAUUAUUUGGGAUCUCUGCUUGUGUAUGGUAUUAAUUUACUUUUUUAUAAUGAUUCCAUUAGAAUUGGCUUUCAAUAAUUCGAUUAUGUAUUUCUAAUCUAUUUGGUUAACUGUUCCAUUUUAUUUAUUUCUGAUUAUAGAUUACCUUAUGAAAAUGAACACAGUCUACUAUGAAUAUGGAUAACCAAUUAUAGAUAGAUCCUUAAUUUUCAAUAAUUAUUUAAAGUAAGGCUUAUUGAUAGAUGGUAUUUCAUUAAUAGUUUUAUUGUGUGCCUUUUUUAAUGACUACUUCAUUCGAAAUCGCUGGCUCAACAUUUCAUUAAUACUCUUCAUCACUCAAUACCAUUACUUUGCUAAAGUAGUUCGGAAUAUGGAGGAAUCCAUUCAUUUAAGCAAAACGCAAUCAUCAAUUGUCAAUCUAGCCAAAUUAAUUUUCACUAUUCUUUAUUUUCUACACAUUUUUAGUUGUCUCUGGUAUUAUAUAGGUUCGUAUGCCAAUGAAGUAGGAAUGGUUAAUUGGUUGGACAAUCGUCAUCUAUCGGAAGCACCCUAUGAAACUCAAUAUUUAGAAGCCUUUUAUUUUUCGACAGUAACAAUGAUUAGUGUAGGAUAUGGAGACAUUGUGCCUUUAAGUAAUAAACAAAAGUAUUUUAGAUGCCAUGGAGAAGAUUUGUACUAUCAUAUUUAUGUUCACUACCUGUGUGUAAUUGUCGUUCAGUGUUAAUACAGUGGGAGAGAUAUUAAAUUCGAUUAGUUUAUCAACUGAAAACACUGCUCAAAAGAUUCGGAUUAUUAAUAAAUUCAUGAAUAGAAAGAAAAUCAGUUUUGAAUUGCAAUAUUAGUAUUUAAAUAAAAUAGUAUACUUAGAAUAAGGGAAUACAUUAAAAUAUAUUGGAGUCAACAAUUGCAAUAAGAAAAUGAAGAGGAGGAAAAGUUAAUAACUUCCUUAUCUGAGAAUCUGAAGAAUAAAUUGAUACAUGAGGCUAAUUUCUCAAUCAUUGAGUAGUGUGAUUUAUUUCAACAAACCUUUUCUGUUGAUACUAAAUAAAAAUUAAUCAAAUUGUUUAAAACGGUACUCAUAACUCCAGAAUAGACCAUCACUUGUGAAUUGCCAGAAUAUAAUGAACCUUGUCUUUGCUUUAUUGAUUAAGGAACUUUGAAUAUUUGUGCUAAUAUUACUGAUCGUUCUGAAGCGAUAACAUAUUCCCAAGGGUAAUUCUUCGGAUUGGAAGAGAUGCUCACUGGGCAGUAGCCAUAGUUGCAAUUGCAAUCUUUGUCAUUUGUUAAACUAUUAAUUCUAACAAGAACUGAUUUUCUUAAUACAUUGAAGGAUAAUCCGUAAGAUUACGAAUCCUUUUGUUAAAUGAAGGAUGAAAUACUUUUACACCAAAGAGAUUCAAAAACCAAAUGUAAAUCAUGCAAUUGCAUGGGUCAUGAUAUCUAAAAUUGUCCCAUUGUUCAUUUCGUAAUUGAUAAGGAAAGAGUCAUAAAAUCAUAUUAAUUUUAAUCAGUAUAAUCGCGAGUACCAGGAUUGAGAAAUCGAAGUCGUAUUAGAAAUUAAUUUAAUGCCAUAUUCGAUUAAUGGUUUUUAUAGGAAAUAGCAUCUAUGAUGAAGAAUCAUGAAGACGUGCCUAUUGUACAAUUUUAUGGCAUUUAAUAUGUGGAGGAUUCAGAAAUCAAACCACCUCAGUAGUAAGCAUAGUAGUCUAAGAAUUCGAUAACUACCAAUGAUCGUGAUCGUGGGUCAGUUUGUUAUGUAGACUAAGUUAUUCAAAAUCCAGUCAAUUUUUCGCCUUCUAAACCCUUUGAUCAUUCUAUUUUUCGUAAAUUUAUAUUUUAAAUUAGAUCCUUAGAGUAAGGUAUAACGGAAAAAUUAUCCUAGGUAAAGUAUUAGAAUAAAAAACACAGGAAUUAAGAUUAAAUUCUAAAAAAUAAUCAGGAAAGUUAUGAAAAUGCAACACUAUUCAAAAGCGUUUUCUAGGUAAAAUAAUAUAGAAUCAGACCAUACAUUUAAUAAAAACAUUAAAUUUAUCGUAGAUAAUUAUUUUAAGACCAAUUCUUUGAAAGAUUAUCUAAAUAAAUUUGAGUAUGAAAAUCUGUAUUUCCUCAGAAUGAAAUGCGAUUUAAUUUAAUACUCAGAACUAGUUUUAUCAAAGCCUUUUGAGAUAUAAAAGGAAUAUUAAAUAUAUUAAGUGCAUAAUAAUUUAUCGCAUGUAAUUAAGAAAACAGAUUUAUAUUUAGAGUAAUAAAAGACUAGAAUAUUGCCAAAAUAAGAAACGCCAAAAAAUGAUAAAUUAAUACAUUUGAAUUAAGAGGAAAGGAAAAUGGUCCUGAGGGACAGCCUUAUGAGGUAUGUUUCCUUUCCGAACGUAUACUUUAAAAAGUACUACGAAAAGAAGGAACCCAAUGAAACUCCUCAAUCAGUUGGACAGAAGAAAGCAAGAGCGUUGUUCAAGGCAUACAAGAAAAAACAAUUAAUGAGGCAGAAUGCAUUUCUUAUACCUUCGAAUCAAAAGAAUGACAGCAAAGGGCUGAAGUCGUCUUUAGAUGUAGGAAUCAAUGUAAUAGUACCCGAAAAUUGA